AUGGGGUUGCUAACUAUCUGGGGCAGAUGUCGAACCGUCGCUUCAACCCGCGACCGUUUCUGGCUGGCUAGACCAAGUGGGCUUUGGACUUCGCCGCUGCGAGGUCAGCAUGACCGUCGCGUGGUUGUCAGUUGCUUUUGCACCGGAUACUGCUCCGCGCGCCUGCGUGGUGCGAUGAUCGACGGCCCGUUCUUGCAGGGCGGUAACUCCAAGCCUAUGCCCGUGUCUCUGGGCCCUUAG